GAAAUCUCCUAAUAUCUUUACUUUUUUUGUGGAGAUGUUUGAGACCUCGCACAUCCCGUAGAAAGCAGCUCUACGGGUGCGCGCACAGAGCUAUCCGCGUUCCCGAGCUGACGCUGUUAAAAACAAGCAGAGGUUUUUGUGCUCAUGUCAGCUAAGCUAAAUAACAAAUUUCAUCACAUACUUUAAAACAAACGGAAUCACAUCUUCUACAGGGCUAAGGGAUGGAGUUCCCUGUAGAUGUUCUGGUGUCUGGCCGACAUGAAGACCUUGAAAGUUCAGCCCAAAGCUACAUGAACAAACUUCUUUACAGCAACCCAGAUAACGCAGAAUACCUUACCUUGUCCAACACAAGAAAGAUCCGGAUCAGUCCUGCCAAUGUUGGGUUUGUUCCUCUGUAUGGAGCCAACCUUAAGCACAAAGUCCUGGCAUUGUUUGCUCCUGAGGACCAGUUCACAGCUGUGGCAUUGUUCUUGGUCGAUCAGUGGUACACAGUAGAAGAUUUACUCAGAACAUCAAAUCCUGCAAGAGAAGGCCUUGUGAAGGUACGAUCUGUUGGCGAGAGGAUAGUCUUAUAUGUACUGAACCGCAUUAUUUACCGGACGAUGGAAAUGGGCACUAAUGAGGUGCCUUUCCUCUGCCAUGAAGAAGACGUCUUUGCCAAAAUCCUCUGGAAGAAUGGAGAGGCAGUGGGCUUCUACUCGGUCAAAUGUAAAGGUAGCUUGUGUAAUAGUUUUGUGAGCCAGUGCUACUUACUUCCAGUCAUGGACUCUAUAUUUGUGCGGAAAAGUCAACGCAGCAACGGUCAUGGCUUGCAGAUGCUGGAGGACUUUGUGGACUCUUUUAAAGAUGAUGAGCUGGGCUUGAAAUACCCUUUAACAACGGCAAUGCAAAGGGUGUGCAGUCAGUACUUGAGGAGAUACCCAGCUGAUGUGGACCUGCUCUGGGAGGUGGAAGGAGUUGGAGGCCCCUACCAGAAAGUCAAAAUAGCAACCAAACUUGGCUCCAUGAUACUGCAAUGCAACCACAGCUCAUGGGCAGCAGAGGAAAGCAAAAACGGAGAGGUUAAUGAGGUGGAGAUGACCGAGGAGAGCCUGGACAUCACGGAAGAAGUGGUGGUUGUCAAACAUCGAAAAGUAGCAGAAGAAAUCAAUGACCUUCCCAUUUCCACACGCACGCGAAGCAGUGAACACAAACACAAGAAAAGGCCACGUGAAGAACCAGAAGAGAUUGCUGGGGAGAACCGACCUGAAAAAAUCAACAGAUUGGUCGAACCAGAAGCAGAGACUGAUCCUGAUGCAGUACCUGAGACCAAAGAACACACAGAUGGAGAAAGUGGAGAACAAGGCCAAGAAGUUGAAAAAAACUCACUCCAGGAGGAGUUUGUUGUGACCUCAGUGGCCUCUGUUGCAGAAACUGAAAUUCUGGUGGCAGAAGUCAAUGGAGAAAUGAGUGAGAGUCACGAAGAUGAAAACGAGAGGUCAGCAAACGCAGAAGAUGAACCAGUCAACCAAGAGCUCCCACUAGAGGCAGAAGCUGCCAUCCAAAAUGGUGCUGAUGAAGAGAUGGAGGCAGAUAGAGAUGCACAGGAUGACAUUAUUAACACUCCCGAUGAGUCUGUGGAAGCAGUGGAGCAGAUGGACCAAGAACGUGUUACAGAAGAAAGACAAGAAGCAGAGGCAGAAGUCUCUCCUCUAGUUGAAGAUGAAGGGGAACUUGAGCAGAAACGGGAAGAGGAAGCAGUUUCUAUAGCUGAAAAGGAAGCAGCUUCUUUAGUGGAAGAUGAAGCAGCUUCUGUAGCUGAAGAGGAGGCAACUUCUGCAGUUGAAGAUGUAGCAGUUUCUGCAGUUGAAGAUAAAGUAGCUUCUGCAGUUGAAGAUGAAGCAGUUUCUGCAGUGGAAGAGGAAGCAGCUUCUGCAGUUGAAGAGGAAGCAGCUUCUGCAGUGGAAGAGGAAGCAGCUUCUGCAGUUGAAGAGGAAGCAGCUUCUGCAGUUGAAGAGGAAGCAGCUUCUGCAGUUGAUGAAACUGAGGACUCUGAUCAUCCACCUGAGGUUCCAGUCCUUUUAACUAACCUGGUUGAGUGUGUUUCCUCUUUGCAAGACAAUGAGGCUUCAGAUGAACCAGUCGCUCCAGAACAAGAAGCUUCAAUGGACGAAUCCACUGAAUCUCCUAUUGAAGAAACCAAUGAACCAGCUGUGAACAAAGAAGAUGAAACCAUCUCCGAUGAGCCACUUGAGACUCAGGAAAGUCAACCUGGCACGGAGGACUCUGAAAACGAGGAGGAAAAACUGCCUGAAGGUGAAGACAAACAUGAACAAAAAGAAGGGGAGGAAACCGCCACCACAGAAGAUGAUGAUGAGGAAGGAAAAAGCUCAGAUAAAAUUCAAGAUUCUCCUAUUGGGGUUCGAGUUCUUCGAGGAGGAAUUUGCAAACCUGUUCCACCAACACCCAAGCGAACAUCUAAUAGACUGAGAAAAGCUGUGAUCAUACAGGAAAUCAGUGAUGAGUUUGAUGAUGAAGAAGAGGAGGAAAAACUCACAAGCACUGAUGAGAAGGCGAGCACAGAAGAAGAUGAAGCUGUUGAACACAGUUCAGAAGAAGAAGAGGAAGAGCCUCCAGUGGUUGACAGGAGAGUGUUGCGGAGGAAAACCAAAGUGGUCCAGUCCACACCCACAAAAGCAAAAAGACGCAGUAAAAACAUUUGAGUACUAGUUUCUAGUUUCAUGGCACUCCACCACACUCCAUUGUCUUUAUAGAGAAAAAUACCCUUAUGUAAUUUAGAUGCGCUUGCACACUGCGGCCUGUACUAGUAAGUAUUCUACAUAACAUAUUUGGGAGGUUUUAACAGGUGGUGUUUACAGCAUCUAGGUUUUGGUUUUGGUUUUAGUUUUAUUACUAAAAGGCAGAAACUUAAAACAGGCAGUAUUUAAUGUGUGUUUUAAGCACAACCCCUUAAUUUACCGUGCUGACUGCUCAAAAUUAUAACUGUGAUUUUUAAUCACUGUUUGCAUUUGAUUUGUUAUUAUUGAAGUUGACCUGAUCUGCAGCUUAAACUGCUUUAAAAAAAAAAAAAGUUGAGUUUCAAGACAAUGUGAGCAGCAAAAUAACAUUGUAAAUCUUAUAUUAGACGUGCAGUGGAUUAAUCAUUAUUAUUGUUUUUGAUUUUAUGAUAAGUUCUUACAAAUGUUAUACUUUGAAAACCAUUUUUGGGUUUCUUUAUUCUGUUGAACUCGAAAGAUUUUUUUUGAAGAAAGCUGGAAACCAGGAACUAUUGACAUCCAUAGUAUUUGUUUUUCCUACAAUGAAUGGCAGUGGAUCUGUUUCCAAAAAUGCCCUCUGUGUUCAACAGAGGAAUGAAACCCAAACAGGUUUACAACAAGUGAAGGGUUUGGGGUGAAUUAUCCCUUUAAGUAAACCCUUACACAAACUUGUGUUUUCUUAAAAUGUGAAUAGAAUUAGACAUAUUCAUACAUAAAUAUAUGCAAAUGUAAACCUAAGGUAAGUGCAGGUUUAAAUAAAGUUUACAUGUAGCUUGCUGUUUAAACUGUUAUAUGGUUUGGUAGUAUCCGAAAGAGCCGAUGUGAGACGUGCUACAUUUAUGUCCUAUUUUACAUACCAAUACUAGAAUAUACAAUAACCUUGCGACUAGUAUAAAAUGAGUGACAAAUCGUCACUAUUGUUGACUUAAGUAAUGUAAAAGCAAAAUGCGUUUUGACAUCGUUAGCAUUCUGCUCGUAGGCCUGCUGAAGUAUUCCGUAGACAUAUUUUCGUUUGCGUAUCCUUCUUUUUGCCUAAAAUGUAUACCAACGAUUUAUUAAACGACCCGUGUAUGUUAUAUUAUUCAUAAUUUGUUUAAGCUGUGAAAGAAGCGCUCACACACUUUGUUUUAGAGCAUUAAUGUGGGUGACCGCGUGAGGGCGCACUUGGAUGUGAAAAAAGCCAUUUCGGGAGCGUGUUCACUUUCCUCCAUAUUGUUUGUCUCACUUGCAAUUUUGUAUCAGCUGAAAAUAUGGGAAGACACUAUAGACACAUUAUAUGAGAACACUAUGAAUCACCUUUUAUGUGAAUUCUUCCAGAUUUCCUCUUGGCUUUUAGAGUUAAAGCCGUGUUUUUUUUGUUGAGAGGAAAUCUUGAGUGCUUUAAACUUGUUUUAGUUUUUUGAGCAAUAUAUUUUUCUGAAGUAGUUUUCUUAAACUGUGAUUCUUUUUUCUCUCUCUCUUUUUCCUGUAGUAAAUAAAUAUCUUUCUUGUAAUA